AUCCUCUCUCUCUCAAUUUCACCUACUCUUUCCUACUGCUCUCUCUCUCUCUGCUUUUCCCUUUUUUCGCCUCUCCAGAAACUGAGGCACAAUUAGAAAGAUCUUCUCUUUUUCUACUAUAUAUCUCUUAACCAUACCCUUUUUCUUCUCACUAUCUUCGUCAUCACCGACAUAGCCUGGUUUCGUUGAGGUUUAUUUGUGAUGGAAAAUGGGGAGGAAGUAUUUGGCAAGGCUGGGAUAGGGGAGAGGAAUGGUGUCGUAGAUGAGACUGUGGAAUUGCAGGCGGAGGAUAAGGCAGCUGUGAGGCCAGAUGUGUCAAAGGAAUUGGAAGAGGAUGAUGUGUUUGAGGAAGCAAUAGAGCCAGAGAAUCCUGGUGUUGAUGUUGAGGAUGGAGUUGUCAGUGAGGGCAAUGAUGGCAAGUCUGGGAAUGUUAACUGUUCUUUGGAGGACGGCGAGAAUUCUGAUUCAAGGGAUGAUGCUGACAACUUUGAGGAAGCAGUUGAAGCUUCGCAUGAGAUACAGCAUGCCGAUGAUGAGUCUAACCAGAAGUCAGAAGCUAAAUGGAACGAGGAGCCUUCAGUUGAGAAGCAAAGUGCUGAUGAAAUAGCUGCAAAGGGGAACUCUGAUUCAAGGGAUGAUUUUGAGAACUUUGAAGAAGCAGUUGAAGCUUCACACGAGAUACAACAUGCUGAUGAUGAAUUGAAUCAGAAGUCAGAAGCUAACUGUAACGAGAAUCCUUCAGUUGAGAAGCAAAGUGAUGAUGAGAUAUCUGCAAAUAAUGAAAAAGAAGUGGUUGAGCAGAGUAACAUAGUAGACAAGGGUAAAGAUGAGGUGGCUGAGGUUUCAGAUCUGGGUGCUGCUGUAGAAACUGAAAUUUCAGUAAAUUGGGAUGAAAAGAAAGAUAAGUCAGCUGAACCAGUUAAGAAAUCUGAGAAUGGAGUUUCCCAUCAUGUGAACCUGGGAGAGGCUCAAACUCAUGAUGAUGCAGAUGAAACAAACCCUGAUGUUCUUGGAAAAUUGGAUACCCAGGAUGCUAACGAGGCAAAAGUGGAUCUUCAGAACCAGGUUCAUUCGUACAAAGAUGCUUUGCUGCGUGAUGAAAAGAAUGUUGAUGUGAUCGAAACAUCUGCUGUUCAGCCUGCUGGGCAUCAGGACACUGCUGACGUCCACAACAAUGUUUCAGUUAGUUCUGGCUCCGUACUGAAUGAUGAAAAAAAUAUUGAACAGGAAGGAGUGCAUUCUCUUCUUGUAAAACCUGUGAAUUCUGAUGUUAAGGAUGAAGAGCUGAAAGAUAUUUCCCAUAAUGAUACUUCCACAAAUGGUCAUCUUGGAGAAAGCUUGAACCCAAGUGAUGAACUCAAAGAAGAAGUAGUGCCUACUCCAGAACAAAUUAAUGGUAGUUAUGUGGAUAAAGAGCAUAUGGAUAUAGAAAGAAAAGUGCGUAGUCCGGAACAAGUUAAUGGUAGUAAUAAGGAUGAAGAGCUGCAGAUAGAUGGAGAAAAAGCAGUACGUAGUAUAGAACCAGUUAACAGUAAGGAUGAAGAGCAAAUAGAUGGAGAAAAAGCCGUGGCUAGUCCAGAACCAGUUAAUGGUAGUAGUAAGGAUGAACAGCAGAUCGACGGUCCAGGCCAUGUUACUGCUUCUACUCUGCAAGGAGGAAGCUCCCCCUUAAAGGCAGAAUUGAGAGACAAAGAAUCAACUAGCCCAGAACCAACAGCUCAUGAGGACAUGGUGGAACAAAAGGAUAUUCAGAACGGUGAUGCUACUGAUCAUCAAAGAUUGGAAUUAAACGAGUCGCCUGCUACUGGGCCAGGGAAUUUGAAUGACACGAUAAACAAGCAGAAAAAUGUUUCUGUUUCUGGCACUCCAGCCUUUGAAAAGCAUACCGGAGAUUCAGUAAUGGAUAGAACCACUGCACUGGAUGAAAUGUCUGAAUCAUCAGAAGUGUUGAUGUCCAACAAUCAUGAGAAGGUCUCCGAGGUUCCUCAACCUCCAGUAGUUGAUGCAGGCGUUGGAGUCGAUAAAGUUGUUGUGAAGGAACCAGAAGCCAGAUCUGCAACGGAACUCCCAUCAUCUUCUGGUGCACCUGCAACUCGGAUACANAACUCUGAUUCAAGGGAUGAUUUUGAGAACUUUGAAGAAGCAGUUGAAGCUUCACACGAGAUACUACAUGCUGAUGAUGAGUCGAAUCAGAAGUCAGAAGCUAACUGUAACGAGGAUCCUUCAGUUGAGAAGCAAAGUGAUGAUGAGAUAUCUGCAAAUAAUGAAAAAGAAGUGGUUGAGCAGAAUAACAUAGUAGGCAAGGGUAAAGAUGAGGUGGCUGAGGUUUCAGAUCUGGGUGCUGCUGUAGAAACUGAAAUUUCAGUAAAUUGGGAUGAAAAGAAAGAUAAGUCAGCUGAACCAGUUAAGAAAUCUGAGAAUGGAGUUUCCAAUCAUGUGAACUUGGGAGAGGCUCAAACUCAUGAUGAUGCAGAUGAAACAAACCCUGAUGUUCUUGGAAAAUUGGAUACCCAGGAUGCUAACGAGGCAAAAGUGGAUCUUCAGAACCAGGUUCAUUCGUACAAAGAUGCUUUGCUGCGUGAUGAAAAGAAUGUUGAUGUGAUCGAAACAUCUGCUGUUCAGCCUGCUGGGCAUCAGGACACUGCUGACGUCCACAACAAUGUUUCAGUUAGUUCUGGCUCCGUACUGAAUGAUGAAAAAAAUAUUGAACGGGAAGGAGUGCAUUCUCUUCUUGUAAAACCUGUGAAUUCUGAUGUUAAGGAUGAAGAGCUGAAAGAUACUUCCCAUAAUGAUGCUUCCACAAAUGGUCAUCUUGGAGAAAGCUUGAACCCAAGUGAUGAACUCAAAGAAGUAGUGCCUAGUCCAGAACAAAUUAAUGGUAGUUAUGUGGAUGAAGAGCAUAUGGAUAUAGAAAGAACAGUGCCUAGUCCGGAACAAGUUAAUGGUAGUAAUAAGGAUGAAGAGCUGCAGAUAGAUGGAGAAAAAGCAGUACGUAGUAUAGAACCAGUUAACAGUAAGGAUGACGAACAAAUAGAUGGGGAAAAAGCCAUGGCUAGUCCAGAACCAGUUAAUGGUAGUAGUAAGGAUAAACAGCAGAUCGACAGUCCAGGCAAUGUUACUGCUUCUGCUCUGCAAGGAGAAAGCUCCCCCUUAAAGGCAGAAUUGAGAGACAAAGAAUCAACUAGCCCAGAACCAACAGCUCACGAGUACAUGGCGGAACAAAAGGAUAUUCAGAACGGUGAUGCUACUGAUCAUCAAAGGCUGGAAUUAAACGAGUCGCCUGCUACUGGACCAGGGAAUAUGAAUGACAAGAUAAACAAGCAGAAAAAUGUUUCUGUUUCUGGCACUCCAGCUUUUGAAAAGCAUACCGGAGAUUCAGUAAUGGAUAGAACCACUAUGCCGGAUGAAAUGUCUGAAUCAUCAGAAGUGUUGAUGUCCAACAAUCAUGAGAAGGUCUCCGAGGUUUCUCAACCUCCAGUAGUUGAUGCAGGCGUUGGAGUCGAUAAAGUUGUUGUGAAGGAACCAGAAGUUAGAUCUGCAACGGAGCUCCCAUCAUCUUCUGGUGCACCUGCAACUCGGAUACACGCACCUGCUCGACCUGCUGGCCUUGGUCGUGCUGCCCCGCUAUUGGAACCUGCUACUCGAGCAGUCCAGCAGCCUCGUGUAAAUGGAACAGCAUCUCCUGCACAAAACCAGCUUGUUGAAGAAUCCACAAAUGGAGAGGCUGAUGAAUAUGAUGAGACACGUGAGAAGCUCCAGAUGAUAAGAGUCAAGUUUUUGCGUCUAGCUCAUAGGCUUGGGCAGACUCCACAUAAUGUGGUUGUUGCCCAAGUCUUGUACAGAUUGGGGUUGGCUGAACAGCUGCGGGGGAGAAGUGGAGGUCGUGUUGCUGCUUUUAGUUUUGAUCGUGCAAGUGCUAUGGCUGAGCAACUUGAGGCAGCUGGACAAGAACCCUUGGACUUCUCUUGCACAAUAAUGGUUCUUGGGAAAACAGGUGUCGGUAAAAGUGCAACCAUAAAUUCGAUAUUUGAUGAAGUUAAGUUUGGCACUGAUGCUUUUCAGUUAGGGACAAAAAAGGUUCAGGAUGUUGUUGGGACUGUGCAGGGAAUCAAGGUUCGAGUAAUUGAUACUCCUGGGCUUCUGCCUUCCUGGUCAGACCAGCGCCAGAAUGAGAAGAUCCUUCAUUCCGUGAAACGAUUUAUUAAUAAGACACCCCCGGAUAUUGUUCUGUAUCUUGACAGAUUGGAUAUGCAGAGCAGAGAUUAUGGUGAUAUGCCGUUGUUGAGGACAAUUACCGAAAUCUUUGGACCAUCAAUAUGGUUUAAUGCCAUAGUUGUUCUGACGCAUGCUGCAUCUGCUCCACCUGAAGGCCCCAAUGGUACUGUAACGAGCUAUGACAUGUUUGUAACUCAGCGGUCUCAUGUUGUCCAGCAAGCAAUACGUCAGGCUGCCGGAGAUAUGCGCCUUAUGAAUCCUGUUUCGCUAGUGGAAAAUCACUCAGCAUGCAGGACAAACAGGGCUGGACAAAGAGUGUUGCCAAAUGGACAGGUUUGGAAGCCUCACUUGUUACUUCUGUCGUUUGCGUCAAAAAUAUUGGCUGAAGCAAACACAUUGCUUAAAUUACAAGAUAGCCCACCAGGCCGGCCUUAUGCCACUAGAACAAGAUCUCCUCCUUUACCUUUCCUGCUGUCAUCCCUUCUACAGUCAAGGCCACAGGUUAAACUACCAACGGAUCAAUUUGGUGAUGACGAUGAGACCUUGGAUGAUGAUCUGGAUGAUUCUUCAGACUCAGAAGAUGAAUCAGAAUAUGAUCAACUGCCACCUUUCAAACGCUUGACCAAAGCUCAGCUGGCAAAGUUGUCCAAAGACCAGAAGAAAGCAUACAAUGAUGAGUUGGAAUACAGGGAAAAGCUUUUUAUGAAAAAGCAAUUGAAGGAAGAGAGGAAGAGGCGGAAGAUGAUGAAGAAAAUGCAAGCUGCAGCUGAAAGUUUACCACCAACUGAUCCCAGCGAAAAUGUAGAUGAGGAGACUAGCGGUGCAGCAUCAGUGCCAGUACCCAUGCCAGACUUGGCGUUACCAGCGUCAUUUGAUUCUGAUAAUCCAACUCAUAGAUAUCGAUAUCUCGAUUCUUCUAAUCAGUGGCUUGUGAGGCCUGUCCUAGAACCUAAUGGUUGGGACCAUGAUGUUGGUUAUGAGGGCAUCAAUGUAGAAAGAUUGUUUGUUGUCAAAGACAAGAUCCCUAUAUCUUUGUCCAGUCAGGUUUCGAAGGACAAAAAGGACACCAAUCUUCAAAUGGAAAUUGCAAGUUCAGUGAAGCAUGGAGAUGGAAAAGCAACUUCUGUAGGUUUUGACAUGCAGUCAGUUGGUAAAGACCUUGCUUAUACUCUUCGCAGUGAGACCAGAUUCUGCAAUUAUAGGAAGAAUAAGGCGACAGCUGGUCUUUCAGUAACUCUCUUAGGUGAUGUCAUGACAGGUGGGGUGAAAGUUGAGGACAAAUUUGCUUUUAAUAGACGGGGACUAUUGGUUGUGUCUGGGGGUGCCAUGUUUGGCCGUGGUGAUGUUGCUUAUGGUGGUAGUUUGGAAGCAACGUUGCGAGACAAAGAUCAUCCUCUUGGUCGUUUCCUCUCAACUUUGGGGCUCUCGGUUAUGGACUGGCAUGGAGAUCUUGCUAUUGGAUGCAAUUCACAAACCCAGAUACCUAUUGGACGACACACAAACUUGAUUGGCCGUGUGAACAUUAACAAUAAGGGGUCUGGACAAGUUAGUAUUCGUUUGAACAGUUCAGAACAGCUUCAGAUUGCCUUGGUAAGCUUAAUUCCACUUGUCCAAAAGCUGCUUAGCUUCUCUCAACCAGUGCAAUUUUGAUGAUGAUGAAAAUAAGGCCACUGCACCAUACUGCCAUUCAGUGAUUCACAAAUCACUUCUAUAGUGGCCAUCAGCUGAUCGGCAUCACUGAACAUGCACAUUGUUUUCUUGAGACGAGAGCGAGAGAGGAGAUGGGCUUCAUGAGGAAAAAUGUAUGUCCAAGAUCAUCUGAAAGCAUUCGGUUGUAGCCUAAGAAGAGAGUUUAGCCAACCCCCCUCUUCAAAUUUCAAUUUUGGUUAGUAUCAUGAAACUGAGAUUGAAUGUUCUUGUAAACUUGAUUGGGAAACGUUAGCUAGUUAAGUUUCUAAAUAGAUAAUGAAAAAUGGGUUAAUGGUAUAGCAAGUUGAGUUUAGCUAUUGUAAUAUGGGGCUGCUGUUAUGCCGCUGAUGAGCUGUUCCGGUAUGCUCUUUUCCCGGGCUACAUCGAACUGCAUUUUUGUAUUUGGUCUGCACUUCCUGGUUAAGUAGUUUCUAGUCUGGAGAUUAAUUGCGAGAUUUUAACGAUUGGAGUUUGCUUAGCCCAGUCGGAUGGAUGCUUGUGCUUUUAUUCUACUAAUAAUAGUAACAUACAAAGCCAAGUGGAAGAUCCAAAGCAGAAUGAUCAUCUGCUGUCUAUUUACCAGACAUUGUAGCCAUCAAAUGGCCUCUCUGCCGUUCUCUUAUCUUUUCUAGCAUUGCAAGUAGUAUUGAAAUAUGAUUUAUUACUUUUGAUAGAUUCAUCGUUUCCUAUUGUUUUCAGUUGCGAGCCAUGUGCUCCUUGAUUGAUAAACCUUUUGUCGAUUAGUGUA